CAGUCGACAGUGGGAGUAGUUAUGGUGUGUAGUAUGGGUGUGAGCAUGGUCGUGUGUACGUAGACUAGCCUUCUGGUUUGUCACUGCCCUACAUGUAAGGAUUAGCAGUUUCUCCGAUAUGCCACCAUGUAAUCGGCUCCUGAUUGUUGGAUUCAUCGUGACGUGCAUCCCAUUCUUCAUUGGGUAUGGUUAUGGAGCUCAACUUCAAAGUUAUUCUGCCUGUUACGGUAACACCGACGACAAUUUUAUCAAGGGGUCAUGUGCCUCCGGAGAAACGAUUGUCAUGGAGUCUGUGUUUGCCUACGCCAAGCCGUUAUCGUCUGGCUGUCCAACAGUUAUGACGUCACUGACCGUGCCCUCUUCAUGUUGCACGUUCGACGAGAACGACUGUGGAAUGAAAUAUGAGGGACAUAGUCAUCAAGAAUAUUAUAAGAAUUGUGACGGUAAAACGACGUGCAUUACGACGCCUGUUGCCUGGGUAGAGACGCCGAACUGCAGUAUUACUUCUUUCCUAGAACGGACUAACUACAUGGUGGCCUAUUUCUAUUGUUUGGCAGAAAACGACAUACAGACAAUCAGUGGCAAUACAAGUACAACAGACGCAGAAGUGUUUCUCUGGAACACUGGAUACCCGGAUGGCAAUAUGACACAAAUGUCUUCGUACUCAUGCUCUGUGGCCGCUUCCUGUGUAUCGCAACUUCGCGUUCGUGCUCUUAAUUUUAUAUUGAUCUCUGAAAACGGAGUAUGUGGCCAAUCAUUGACGAUAAAAGAUGGCGAAAACAGGACCUCCAUUGGCUGUGAAUCAAAUACGGACCUCAUACCGACUUACAUCUAUGACAGCGAGUCUUACUAUCUUGAAAUUGAGGCGAACAACACACUUGGCAUUAACGCUGGCAAAUUCUUCCUUCUGAUCACAGCUAUAGACCCAUUAGCAAACUUGACUUUAGCCUGUGGAACGUCUAGAGGACAGGGUUAUAUAAAUAAAGCGAAUAUUCCUCAGUGCUCACCAACGACAACGCCAUUGAUCACAACGCCAGAAUCAACAUCACCACCACCAUCUACACAACCUUCAACACCAAUGCCAACCACAAUACCAACAACAGAUCAUGUCACAAGUCCAAGAAGCAGCACCCCUGGGACCGGUAAUACGCCAGCCGCCGGAAGUGGUACCGCCGGGGAGGAUUCAUAUAUCUGGAUUAUCGUUGUCGUCAUUGUCGUCCUCAUACUGGUUAUCAUCCUGAUCCUUCUUCUGUGCCGCGACAAACUAAAAGAACGUUGCUGCAAAGAAAAGAAACAAGAUUCAGAUGAAAAGUCAUUGAGUUCAAAUUUUGAAAACCCUCUUCUGGGCAGAUUCAUACCAACAGGAGCUCAGAUAGCCCCAAAGUCGACAAUAAAACCAAACCACGUGGCACCCUUUCCGGAAAAAACACAUAAUAAACUACCGCCUAUCGCACUUCUGGGUACCGGAGAGCCUCUCAGUGAGGGUAACAAACACGGAACCGAAGACAGGAACGCUAACUCCACCCCUCUCAAUCCAAAACGCCUGCCUCCUAUCGCAUUGUUUCAGGCAGAACAGGCUUUCCGUAAAAAUAUGGAAAAGGCGAAAAGGAAGAAAAGAAGACUGCAGAGAAAAAAGGAAGCUCUUGAGAGGAGGGAAUCUGAAAUACAAGCGAAAGAAGCUACCAUAGAACAGAAGCUGGAAGGCAUCAGAACAAAGGAGCGGACCCUAGAGAAACGACUCAGUGGGUUAGGGCAAAGCUUAGGUUCAGGUUUCGACACAGACGUACCUCAGCAAGGUGUGAACCCAGUGUCCCCUCAACCUUUACAUCGUUGGUCUUCGAUUCUUCCCUCUCCAUCCAGGAGAGUCACCUUGAGCACACUUACUAACGUUAUAACAGCGUUCCGGCCACGACGGUCGGACACUGUGUGUAUUGAUGUGACCAAUGCCGCCGACGGCAAAUUGGUUAGCACCCAUAUGAAUGAGGACACCUGUUGAAUAUUGCCGGUUACAGACCGAUUAUAUAUAUUUUCAUUUAUUUUGCUAAAUAUUGAUGAUGUGUCGACAGAAAGUUAUGUAUAAACAUGACGAUUUUUUCAUUGAUAUAAGCUUAUAGAGACCGACAGGAUUCCAAAUUCGUUUUUCAUAAUUAUAAAUAAUAAUUGUCUAAUAUGUAAGGUAAAGUAUGUAUUCUCUGUUCAAAUAACUGUAUUGAGAGCUGUGGAUUUAAAAAUAUAACAUGGCUCGUGGCGUUGCUAAAAUAUGGCAAAACAUAUAGGUCACACGAAUUCAAUACAUAAUGUGAGACAAUUGCACACUCGUAUACUGCAAAACCUAUUUAUUUAAUCAAACGCCAAUUUUAAAUCGAUGGUUUGAGAAGCGAACCUAGAAACUUCAUGUUUUCGUUUUCUUUUAACAAGAUGAAACUAAAUCAGUAAGUAGUAGUAAUCGUCCUUCACUUGUGCAUUUAUAUGCACGACGUAUUUACUGUUUGUGAAAUUGAUAUAGAAAAUAUAGUAAAGUGAUUAAAAAAUAGAAUCCUUGAUAAGUUAUUUGUUAGUGUGUCAAAUCUAUGUAGACUGGUUAUAGACUUGGCAAUCCGGACUUACAUUUUGUACGUAGAAUUUCUGUGAUAUGUAUACCUUUUAUUUUAACGACGAGAUAUAUAUUUUUUAAUCCAAACAGAGUAGCACAUAGCAGUACUAUUUACAUUGCAAUGAUAAUGGAUAUGAUCAUGUAUAUCAUUCCUUCAGUAAACCUUGAUUAUAGUUGAUAGUUUUGUAUUCAUUUUAUUUUAUGUUAAAAUAAUCGAAUGUGCGAUCAGUGUGGUCCGUAGAGAUAACUUGUGGGAGAGGUUUUUAUCUCACUUUUUUAAACUUUUAUACUGUGAAUAUUACACAGGUGUCUGAUCAUGCCUUGUUGGUUAAAUCAUUUAAAUUUUGAUGAAAUAUUUCACAUUUCUCUCUUUUUGAUAUAAUGCUCGACCAACUGGGUCCAGUUUCUGAAGAUGAAAAAAAAAUCCGUCUCUUUUAAAAAUUCGGUUACUGCAUAUAAAACAUAAAGGUGUAUUCGUGUUAUGCAUGCCAACUUAUCAAUUAUUAGUAUUUGAUAUGAAAUGACCAGGUAGGGCGUAAUAAUUGUAUCAGCUGCCCCCAUUUCAUGAUCGUAAGAGGCGACUAAUUUUGGGAUCUCAUCUUUUCUCUUCUUUCUAAACAACUUUCUUCUUUCUA